AUGUCUGACAAAGUCAACGUCGUGCGGUUGACUCCGCUCGAUGUUAUUAUGCCUCCAACGUACGCAGGCGUUCUGCUCACCUUUGAAACAACCCAGUCAACUCAUGUCAUUGAGAAUAACCUGCAACACGGCAUCGACAAGCUUGUGACAGCUAUGCCAUGGCUAGCAGGUCGAGUCUAUCGAACAGCUCCGGCAGAAGGGAACCUCAGCCUCGAACUACGUUGGAGCCAAGAUGGGACCAGGUGCACAUUGUUUAACAAGGGGUCUAUACCAAAUGCCUACCUCUCCAACUCUGACGCUGGCAUGUCUCCAGAAGUUAUCCCAGCGAACAUUUGGCCAGUCCCUUUUUCUUUAGAUGACGAGACUUGGGCAGCUGGGGUACCCGUUUUUUCCACAAGUUUCUUUCAAUUUGCGGACAAGCAAGGAGUAGGCUUGUGUAUCUGCGUUCACCACAAUGUUGUUGAUGCCUCAGGACUUUCCCAUAUCAUCACGCUCUGGGCUAAAUACCUCUCAGAAGACCUGGACACUGGAUUGAUCUUGGAGCUCGACUCUAUGGGUCGUCUUUCUAAGGCUCUGAAUCCCCAACUGGAGGCACUGUCAAGCCAGUCAAAGGAGACCCUUUUUGAGGCACAUCCUGAAUACUCCACAAGCCCACCAGCCCUUCCCACGGAGUUUGUCCCAAGUGCCUGCAAGCUUUUUCGAAUACCCAUCACCUCAAUCAACGAAACGAAAACUCUUAUAAAAGAUCAUACGGCCUCGGACCCGUCCACAAAUACUACACUAUGUGCCCUUUUGUGGUCUACGAUUACCGCGGCCCGGAGGAAGCGUAACCCAGCGCUUACUGAGCAGACCAGUAAACUCAUCAUGGCUGUUAAUGGCAGAUGCAGGAUUGGCCAUGAUUUCUCAACGCUCAAUCAUCCCUACUUAUCUAAUCUCAUACUCUACUCACUUGCAAGCUUCUCUAGCAGAGACCUAAUUGCUGCAGGAGAUUCGAAAGAUAUGAAAGUACUGGCGCAAAUUUGCGCCUCAAUUGCCGAAUCAAAAUCCCUCGACAGCAUCAACGCCAAAUCCAUUGCCGAAGUUUACCGCUUGGUAGAGUCAGUGGACAGAAAUACCACAAUUUUUCCUGGGUGGGAUCUCUUCGGAUCUCGGGAUCUAACUGUUACGAGCUGGGCUGAUCUUCCUUUGUAUGAGAUGGACUUUGGGCCCGGGCUUGGAAGACCACAGCAUAUUAGGGCACCAUAUUCUCCAGCGGAUGGUGUUUGUCUGAUUAUGCCAAGGAAAAGGUCCGAUCAAACAGCGGCUGGGAAAGUGGAACUACUGGACGUCAUGGUGAUGCUACGACAGGAUGAUAUGGAUGCACUUCUGCAAUCAUGGUUGGGCAAAAGUCUAGUUGCAGUGUUCUGA